AUGUGCGAUGCCCAGCGUCCCAGCUGUUCUCAAUGUAUCAAACAUGGGCACGUUUGUCCCGGUUACGAAAAAGACCUUAUCUUUGUCAACCAAACCACAGUAACCUUGCGUGGUCGAGACCAGGAUGAAAAACCCUCCAAGUUUGCCUCAAGGAGGUAUCAGCGCUCCGAUCGAGUAGCCAUAAAACCGGAGCAAAGCCGGAUACAGUCUUUGACCUCUCUAACCCCCAACCCUCAGCAAAUUAGCCCUAUAGAAGCGAGAGCUAUCGAUUUUUUCAACCGACGUGUCUCUCGAACGCUGGCUGAGCCCCACAGCUCAUAUUUCUGGACAAAUCUUGUCUUGCAGCUGGGACGCUCCGAGCCGGCUGUGCGCCAUGCCAUUGUUGCCAUUAGUUCGAUCUAUGAGAAAUACAAUUGCGAAAACGAGGAGCUGCUUCUAUCAAAACGAAAUGAGGUUGCUCUACAGCAUUACUCCGCUGCCGUCACGCGGCUUCGGCAGGUCAAGGAAUCAUCUACCAUUUUAGUAGCAUGUGUGCUAUUCAUCUGCCUCGAAGUCAUCCUAGGCAAUCGAGACCAAGCAAUCACGCACACGCGGCACGGCCUCGAAAUAUUGAGAACGGUGGAUAAAACGACUAGGAAGACGCUGACACCAAUCUUCCAACGCUUGAAAGUCAUGGUUCUCAUGUUUGGCGUGCAAACCCCGCCGAUCCAGGGGUUCAGCGCAUACGAGCGGCCGACAACCUUUGCUACAACAUUUCAAGAUGCGGAAGAGGCCCUUGAAGAGCUGCUGCCGCUUUCCCUCCAGUUUGUUCGUUGUGCUGAUGAGUAUCGUUUCGGCGAACUAGCUACCGAAUCUGCUCCGUCCGACUUACUUGGUCAACAGGCAAUUCUGGCGAAAUCGAUAGAUAAUUUGCAGGACUUGAUGGGGAACCUACGGGAGAACUUUCCACAUAUGGGAGACGCCGAUGCCAGAUACUCUUCGUUUGUGCUCCGUGCAAAGUUUUGCCAGAUAUGGAUUGCGACAGCGUUGGAGAAGGACGAGAUGCAGUUCGACGCUUGGAUGGACACGUUUCGUGAGAUGAUCACCCACACAGAAAUACUCGGCCGUACGAUACAAAGACAAAAGAGGAGCAGGAUCGGUCCGGAGAUUCGAUUCGAAAUUGGUUUCAUCCCGCUGGCGUAUUUCAUUCUCAUGAAGUGCCGGGAUCGGUCCAUUAGGCUGAAGGCCCUGCGGCUGAUAACGGAAUACGGCACAUCGCGAGAGAGUUUCUGGGAAAAAGACAAGUUGGUUACGGUCGGAACACGCAUCAUCGAAAUUGAGAACAAGGUCAAGCUGAAUGGGGGUGACCAAAUACUCAGCCUUUCCGCACCAGGCCACCUUCCAUCGGUCGAGGACAGGGUCUGGGAUACCACAUUCAACCCAAAGAGAAUGAUCGCCGGGGAAUAUGAGGGCCAGAUGGUGACUGGGGCGCCAAUGGGAUUCAUUAUGCGCAAUGGUGAUGGUCGGUGGUAUGUUCGGCAUGAAUUCAUCGCUCUUGGAGCUUUGACCAAUGAAAACAAAAAGCCGAGAUUUGUACAAUUAGACGAGACCAUUAUCGAAGACUUGGCCGGUUCUACAAUCGCGCGCUCCAAAUGCCCAAUGAGCUGA